UUUUUUUUAUUAUUUUUCUUUUUUUUUUUUUACAUUCAAGGGGCUGUCUUUCAAGCUGGGAAGGUAAAUAUUACCGACACUUCCCAAAACAACCAUGGUUGCCAAGCCGUUUCUUUUGAAACUCAAUUCCAGGGUUCGGGAGAUGUAAAGGUGUUCGCGACGCUCAGUCGCGGAAACAAAUAUGUUAAAAUCCACGACCCAGCGUCUCUUUGGGUGAAGUCGGUGUCAACAACAGGUUUUGAAGCCUGCGUGCGCGAAGCAGGAAGUGGCUCUGGUGGAACGUCUGUGAUCAACUGGCUUGCAUUUCAAGGUUCGCAUCAAGGCAUACACUCAGGGAUCGUGGAAUUCAAUGAAUUCACGUCACGAACACAGUGCAAGAAGAUAUCGCUAAGCAUUCAGAAGCAGGUAACUUCGCAACGUCAUCCAAUUCAUUCAUUUAGUCUUCCAUGUUAGUUUUAAAGUCAUUACUCCUGAAAAACCCUUAACUCAACUUCGACCUUAAGGGGAAAAAUAAUUAAAAAGCGCGUAAAAUUAAAAAAAAAUGGCCUUGUUUUGUAGAUUGUUUAAAUAGUAUGCCUGCAAAAAUCACCAAAAAAUGUAAUGGUUAUAAUACAGUGCGCCAUGAUGAAAGUUGUUUGAUAUCUUCUUCAUGGCUCUGCAGGAACAUUUGAUGCAUAGAUAAAUGGACACAGAGAUUACUUCAGCACAGAAUUGGCCUAAAGCAGCAAUAUCAUCGUGGCAUAUCCCCUUUAACAAGACAAGGGCUUAGCACUAUAUGAAUCGUCCGUUUUUCCUAUGUUUUGUUUGCUUUUCAAGAAUCUCCUCCUUACUCUGGUAAAUCGCCGUAUGCAAAACCGAGUAACUCUUCAAAGCCGCAAUGAAGUCGAUACUUGAUUAUUUCCCCAGUCAACAAUUGUCAGUCAUAGUUAAUCCGGCCCUUUUCGGGGCAACGGUGGAUAAUCAUAUUUAAGCUACUUAUGGGGUGAUUUUUCCUCUUCUUUUAGAUAAAACCUCAAGUGUUUGUAACCGUUCAACAUAAACAUUCUAACCGUCCUUUUGAUUCCAUGAACAUCUGGCUAGAAGAGGUCAAAGCAGACGGCUUCGUUGUUUGCUUGAGAGAGUUUAUGAGUUUCGACGGCAUCCAUACCGGACUUAAAGUGGUGAGUUUUAAAAAAUUUAGCCCAGUCUUCGACUAUUACGUUUUUAUUUGUCCGACUUGUUAUCAAUUAAAUUUAAAACUAAAUCUGAUUGUAUGGAAGCUAAUUAAAACCCUGGUGGUUAGUUUGCCCCCCCUUAUAAAUUACGUAAUAAUUAUAUUAGAAGAAUUAUUGUAAUACCUAACCCAUAAAUGUUUUAAAAGCGUAAAUCUCUGAACUAGCUUUGCAAAGACAGCCUGACGAAUCGAAAGGGGUGGAGGGGUGGACUGGAAGUGAAAAAAAGGGGAGGAGACUCUGAUCAGGGAGCGGGGUUCUUUCAUAGAGCGGCUUUUCAGCCUUAACAAAAUAUCCCGCCGGCUGCGCAUGUGCAGGCUUUUUGAAAAGAAAGAAAGUUUUCUUGAAGUCGCGCAUAUAAACUAUCCUCGUCAUUUCCCAAAGCCGAAACUUUAGGGUUCACUAGUGUGUUUUGAUGUCACAUGAAAGCUAUCCGCUUUUUGUUUAUUUAUUUCUCAAUUUUUUUAAAUCUUCUUCAGCCCGGUUGCUUUGAGGCCUCCUAAAACUUUAAUGUUGAAUAAAUUUAAAACCGUUCAGACUAGCACCAUCAAACUUGGCGAUUUUGCUGAAAUUUGUCUGAGAACAGUUUUGAUAGCCAUGUUUUUCAAAAUUUGCACUUUUUCUAGAUUUACCGUUAAUGAAUUAUUAUAUCACACUUAAUUUAGCAUUAUUUACGUAGCUGUUAAAAUGAUCAAGGCUUUUUAGUGACUAGUUUGGAAAAAUUAAUUGAAUUGAAAAUGGCCAAUUGGCAGGAAUAAAUGGAAUUAAAUAAAUUUAAAUAAUUCAAAAUGGCAGUUCCAAAAAGGCAUAUGGUCUCAGUAACAAAUGACGUCAUCAUGUUGUCACUGCCAUUGUUAAAGAUUAUCAAAGUGUCAACCAUCGUCAUGAUUUUUAAGUAAUUUAAUUAUUUUUGCGUAAUGGCUACGGGAACAAUUGAUAUGCUAUGGGUUCAGACAAUAAAUGCAACAAGGCGACAUUAAACCUAGUUGUUGGAAUGAUGAUUACAUUAUUUUGUGUAAAUUUAGUGGCGGUAUCAUGAGUGCUUAUAAAGUUCUCGAAGGGGUCUUCGAAGGCCCCUUCCCCCUCCAAUUCCCAGGAAGCCCAAAAACGCCCGGUCACAAUAGUGUUAAAUAUAGGUCAUGGUAUUUUGCUUCUUUCCUAGACUGCAGAUACGAAUUUUUCUCAGGGUUCCCACCGUCAGUUUAAGUUUUCUUAAAACCAUAAGGAAAGACGUUUAAUGCUGUGACUGUUACUUGCGUCCACCUUUUCAGAACUGGCUUGCUUAUGAUUUGCUACCUGAGGCUUGGAAUUUUACUGAGCAAGGAAGGCUUCAUUUCUCUGGACUUGGUGCACCAAAGAAAGAGAGCAAUUAUGCCUUUUGUCAGGUUGGAAAAUGUGACGUCUAUUAAUGAUGCAUUCAAUUUUAUUAACUUAACUUACAAACUCAAGCCUUUAAACCAACGUGGUUAACAAUCAAUGUUUGUGUUGUGUAUUUGUCAUUUCUUCAAGUGACACUGUGGCAUCAGCGUAUUGUGCAUUUUUGAAAUAAGAGUUUUAAGUCCAACAAGAGAUACGACCUUCAAUAAUUCGUUUAAAACCUCAUGCGUUGUUCACAAGAGUUGUGAUUUAGAUUUGUUGACCGGUACGUGGUAAGGAGAUGUAUCCACUCUUAGAUAUAUUUUAUAGACCUAGAGUUUGCCUAAUCAGUUCCUUAAUGAACUAGGACCAUUUCACUUUUUUCAAAAGGAUGAAAGCGACAAUACUUCUUUAAACAGUCAGAGGGAAAAUUAUUGUGUUUGGUAAAUCCUGAUUUUUAGGAUUAUAAGUUUGAGAAUCCAUUCUACGAGCCGCCCAAUAUUCUGGCGUCUGCCACCCAUGAAAAUGGCACCAGGGAACUGUCAAUGAAGGCAGAUGGUCGCUAUAGCAACGCUUUGACUGUAUGGAUUGAGGUGAGUAGCCUUGAAGAGACCUAAUAAGUUGAAACUGUUUCAAAUAUUUGCUGAUUAAAAUAGUUGCCUUCGCUAAAGAGUAAAGGACUUAUAACUAAUAAAAGAAGAAGUUCGGAGUGGCACUUAACACUUGACGGCAAAUUCAAGCAAUAACUUGAAUCAUCAAACUGAUUGUCACUUUCCAUACUAAUUUUCACCCGAUGAUUCUUCUUAAGGGAGGCUCCGUGGGUUCAUGGUUUAAAAAAGGUUCAAUCGGUACAUUGUAAUUGGUUGAUUACGAUACAUUCUUUUUUUUUAUUUCUUUCCAUAGUGAUUAUGAUUGAAAACUAUCUUUCUCGGAAUGUGUUGUUAUUUUCAUGUAAUCCGAUUGGUCAACAUUGUCUAGGUAGCCUCAGUUAUAGUGGCCGCGCACUGUAACAGACUGUAACAGACACUGCAGCGUCCAUUAUAUCACCGUGGAAACUGUACGUCCGAUUAAACCAAAGUUGCGCUUGUCCUUAUUGCCCUCACUGGAUCCCCCUUGUCUGAAAGCUAACAAGUCAAUACAAACUUUUCAUUUAUUGAUAUAUUUGAUGUUAUUUUCCAGGACAUCACUCGUUUGUCUUUCAAAGUGUGCAUCAAAGACAGUCAGGGAAUGAGCAAGUUUCACGAUCCAGUUACAGUGGACUAUGCUAUAGUGGGAGGUACAUUACUCUUAUAUUAGCUUAUUCUUUAAUUUCAAAUAUUUGUCUCUCAUACAGGUUCGUCCUACUAUCAAGGAAUUUGGAUCUUGGCUCAAACGUCGAAUUGAAGUAAUAAAUUCGAAUAAGAAUAAAGUCAGGCAAUUGGCACUGUAAAAAACUAUGAUCAAAUAGCGAAGAAAGAAGUUAUAAAAAAUGGCGUCUAGAUAUUGAGGACAGCAUAGUACUGAUCGUCUUACUAUCUGGGUGAAUAACUGCAGCAGUGUAUCUCUUUUUCAAGCGUUUUUGCAGAAAAAGUAACUUCCCCUUUCCUAUCCUUUUUUGCCAUAAAUUUUCUGCACAGGAAAAACAAAGCAAAAUUUAAAAAUAUCAAAAAGCAGUUGCGCUCUCAAAGGAUGUAGGACGUCAGAUCAAUUUGCUAUUCAUACAAGUGCUGAUUUUGUUGUUGUUUUUUCGUCCUAAAGAUAUAGACCCGUGCACAAACGUUACUUGCGAUUACCAUGCCAUCUGCAGAGCUUUCUCUGCAUUUGAUGCCCGUUGUGUUUGUGAUGACAACUGCCCGUCGUACGAGGAGCCAGUGUGUUCAUCCAACUCGACAACCUUUAAGAACAAGUGCUUUUGUCUGCUGGACAUUUGCAGGCGCAAGAGUAACCACACUCUCUAUCAUCCUGGCAGUUGUACAGGUAAGAGAGCGGAUUAUAAUGAUUUUUAAAACCACCUUAACCAGCAUAUGCAGAGCUCUAGUGUUAUCAGAUAUGGUGCCGCUGAUGACUUAAGACAACACUCAAUUUGGCGGCCAUCUUGGGCGCCAUCUUGGAAUUUACUGACAAUUCUCUUUUAAGAACAUGGCAUUUUUCAUACUGGAGGUCUAAAAUAAUUUUUCAUGAUUAAACAUUAUUUUGCUUAUUCUGGUACUGCUUUGAACGCAAUUAAGUGCCAAUCAUAUAGUGCCACUAUAUGAUCGUGUGAUUGUACAAUCAGCUUUUAAUUUAAUUCCUCGCAAAUAGUUUUUUCUAUGUUAUAUCUUCUUCUUCUUGUUGUUCCUCUACAGGUUUUCCUGUUCAGACUGGGCGAGUUUCACUGAGGAGACAUGUACAGUGGGCAGAGACGGCCUGUGAAGUAGUGAAAUUUCCACCGUUUUCAUUCUAUCCGGACAAAGAAGUGCACGUACAAAUAACGACCAAUCACUGGAACAUAAGCGAGAAAAAUUUUGUACAUGAUGCUACUGUGUCCUGGGUGGAAACUGUUAACUUCGAGAAUUUUGAGGUGAAUAUUUUAAAAGGAAGUUUUCAAUUCAAGUAUUACUUCAAGUAGUAAUUAGUGAGCCUCUGUUCAUUUGUCUCCAAGAUUUCUUGUUUACCUGUCAUAUUUCUGGCGAGUAAAAUACUAUUUGAACAUAUUUUAUUUUCACAACGAGUUACUAGGGGAGACUUCGCCUCUUGCGCGCGCAGAGGAACACUAUGGGUAAGAAAAUUUGGUUAUCUAUGCAUCCAAGAAAUUUUGGUUACUAACAAAAUCGUGCGUACGUACGUAGGACGGCGUCUUCAUGUUAACGGAUGUGAAAUGUCUUACUAGCUGUAAGUCCAAAACAUAUACAAAUUGUGUUUAACUCGAUUUUGGACAACCAUGUUAUAAUCAAUUGACAGCUGUCAAAGUAAGGCAUCCGCAGACCAGUGUCACAUGACUUACGGCGGGCUCAGGUGUGCAACUUAUUGAGAUGACGGGUUUUUUAAAAGUUCUCCGCUGACCAGUAACAGAAUUCAAGAGAUCGCAGGCUUAGAAAACUUUACUGCAGGAAGUAAGUUACCACGAGAGCUUCGCUUUUGGCCUUGGCUAAAUCUAUAUAUUAUCUUACCAUAUAAAAUGAGCAUUAGCCAUUACAUUUUAUCUUUAGGUGUGCGUGACUGCAGCAGGAAGAAAUGAUCGCUUUGUCAAAGAAUUUGCCACGGUGGACUGGAUGGCCUACCAAGGUGCUCCUGAUGGAGGUGUGGCGGGUAAAAUGAGCAUUCCAGAAUGGUGGACUGGAUCACAGUGCUCAAAAGUUGGCCUUCCUCAGGCAAUAACACUUUAUUGUUACGUCUCAGCUACAUCUUGUUUCGUUGCAUAAACCAUAAAAAAUAAUGACCUUUAGUUACGUUUUCAAUAAGGUGAACAUUUGCUAUGAUGAUGUCAUAAGCACUAAACACUCCAGUUGUUAUCCAAUCAAAGAUAUCGUACUUGGACUUGGAGACAUGAGCUGCAAAGAGACAGCCCAGUUCUGUUCGCGAAAUUCUUUCUGACACAUAGGCCAUUUUAAACCUUUUUCAAUUUUUACACUGUUUGUCAGAGGGGUGGGGGGGGAGAUAUUAUUAAAAAAGCAUUAUUUAAUACAAAAAAAAAAUAGGAGAAAGAAACUUGUACGGUCAAGGGCUAAAUUUGACUGUCGCGUUCAGACACCUGACUACGAUCCGAUGUCCUAUGAGCGUCCCGAUCAUGUGAAAUGUUAUUUAUUCCAAAAUUUACAUGCUAUUCUCCCAAUCAGCUUUGCUGUGUAUACUUAAUGAUUACCAAUUCAACUUUCUUACUGUUAUGAAUGGUUUUUUUAACAGGGAAAAUUUGCGUCCACACCAACGGUCCUGGUUACAGCAGAACAUAUAAGUGCAGACUUUAAGCAUGAUGCCGCAAGUUUGUGGGUGGAAAACGCAACCAGUUCCUCCUUUUACAUUUGUCUUCGAGAACUACAGAAUUAUGAUGGUCUACAUGAAGAUAUCUUUGUGGUAUAUGUUUUCUCCUUUAUAAAUAUAUCUGUCUUGAGUUUGCUAAAUCGUGGCUUAAGAAAUUUCAAGUGCAUUUUAACCAUUUGAUAUCUAAGUCGAAUGGAAAGUAGUUACGAAAUACUAGCUGACAACUUUAUUGCUGGCAACAGACGGUAAAUUUCUCUCUCAGAAGGAACAGGAUUUUGGCAUAAAAUAAAGAACAUUUGAAACGUCCAGAACUUAUAACUUUUUAGUCAGCCAAACCAUGAGGCCCCAGAGGCAAGUGUCUGCCGAAAACAGAUUAGUAAGCCACAAUCUUUGAGCACAGAAUAGGCUUUCUAAGACAAAAUCACCUAGACUAAAUACUUGCGAAGCGUUUUUUUUCUGCUUGGUACCGUAAUCUGGUAACACGAGCUCAACCACAUAGCUGAAUUUUGUUUGUCAACGCUUUCGGUAAAUCACACAAUAUUAAUUUCGUGGCAAUCAUAGAACUUCCAAAAACCACUCGUAAUAUUUCCACAUUUAACACGGGCGAAUCAUCGUCAAAUUACUCGGAAAAACUGUCGCAUUCUGCACAUAAAUCGUCGAUGGAAACUUUUCUCGACUCACACAGUCGAUUUAUUCAAGAUCCUGGAUGUAAACCAGCGGUUGAAAAGGAAACAUGUAGCCCCCGCCUUCCAAACAAUUUUUGACGAAGACGUCUUUGGCCUGGUCAGAGAUCAGCAUCAAUUUCCAUCUCGCCGGAUAAAUUUCACCCCUAGAACCUCCUUUGUGGGGCCAAAGACUUUUUGCUGCCAACAACAAAGCUCGCAAUAUCCAAUCUUUCCUUCUCAAACCCGGGAUCAGUAUUUCAUCCGUGCAGCUAAAUGAGACGAAAUACGAGACGACGUAGCAGACUUAAUCGUGAGACUUGUUCCUUCAUAAGGUUUCAUGAUGCCUUCCGGAAAGCUUUGCUUAAGGCAGCAACAAAAAAACUCUAAGAAUGCCCACUAAGAGAGCCGUGUUCAAUCUAAAACGCGCCCUGAUUUCAAACUGGCAUACAGAGAGAAUUAUAUAGGAAGUUAUGAAAGGCCUUUUUUUAGGGGGGGAGGUUGUAGGUUAAUAGCCAUUGAGAAACUCAUGACAGUGUAUCUAAUGCAGCGCAUUAUUCAGCCAACAAAUUCAACAAUAUGACGUUGUAAUGACGUCAAAUAACGUCAUUGUGACAAUCAAAUUAUGCCUAGACAUUGGAAAAUAUUUUAUUCUGUGUAAUUUUGGUGGCCGUAUCAUUAGAGGUUUUAAAGUUAUAGAGGGGAGCCUGCAAAGCCAACCCACCCUGCUCACAGGGAGCAAAAAAAGAAACGGUCUGAGUAGGGUCAAUGAUAAUAUACGUGAAAUGAGCUCUCGCAAGGAUUGUGGAUACAAGUUACAAAUCGUUUUUCGGGUACAUGGCUCAAUUAUUUUUACACGGGAUUUAGGUAUGAGAUAGCAAUCCAUUUUUGAUUGCUAUCCCUCUUUUUAGAGUUGGAUGGCCUUUGAAACAAUCCACAGGCCCCUUUUCGCUGAGAGCAAACACGUGGAUUUUCCAAACAACAAUUCCGUUUCUACAAGCUACAAUGGUGCAUUUUGCAAGGUAAGACGCAACUUUACUUUUAAGCAGAAGAAAGCUCUUUAUCUUUUUAGAUGGAACAGUAGACUUGCUACAAGUCCACCUCUCGGCGAGGCCGCGAAGCGGCCUACCGAGCGACAAAGUCGCGAGAGGUCGACCUUCAUCCCGCGCCAUAUUAAAUCUGACGAAGGACUUUUUUGAAAGUCUAAUGGAACAGCACAGAAAAGCGGCUAUCAAAUAAGUACAUUUAGGCAUUUUAAAUCAUCUUUACGGCUGUAAAACUCCAGAUUUUAUCCCAACUUAAUAAAUAGGAGUAAAAACGAAGAUUUAUCUCACAUCUAUGAGUUGCCAUAUCAUGUCAUCAUGAUCUUUCAAAAGAGAAGAGAUGAAAGGAAAUUGUUUUAUGAACGUUCAUCACCUAUAAUAUGACUAUGCGUUGAUCAGGAAUGGAUGGUGUUUCAAAUUUUAUAUCAACAGCCUUCUUUUUAUGUCCUUAGGACGUCCCAUUUGCAAAGAAUUACGACAAAGAACCCAUAGUAUUAAUAGCAGCCGGUCACAACUCAGAGGGCAACAAUUUGAAGCCAAUAUACAUGUCCGUGACCCCAUGGAUUGAGGUAUUCUCAAAUUAUUUAACUAAUAUACAACACAAUUUCUUUAAAAUAAUUAACAUCAAGCUGAUAGGGUUGAUAGGGAAUGCGCAAAUGAGCUAAAUUUCACCAAGGUCUGUUCAUGCAGUCUAUUUAUCAGUGACAGUCGCGCAGCGAAACAUUCCAUCUCUUAAUUUUGUCUAUCUGUUAUUCAAGGUCAGUUUCCCAUGUUCUUUUUUUGUUUAGAUAGGGAAAUGACUCAGUUACAGGCUGUUAUGCGAAAGUCUCUUUAAGUUGAGCUAUUACUGUUCUUCUAAGGUAAAUAUGAUAUGAUGAUAUGCUUAUUUUACAGCAUAUCAAGACCAGCGAAUUUCGCAUUUGUCUCAAGGAGUUGUUCGCUGACCAGCAUGAUCCGGUGACUGUCUCCUAUACAGUAUUAGCAGGUGUGUUAGUAAAUGAUAAAAGCAUAUUUAAUUUCUUUGCGAAGACCUUCUCAUGCCCAGCAAUUGUUAGAUGUCAAGUAAACUGGGAGACUCCUUUUACCAUAUCUCUUUUAAGUAAUCAUCAGUAAAUGUAUUUUCUUAGUUCCUACUUACUACAAGUAAAGGUUUCUAUUUCCGCAAACUUCUAGAUCAGCUUGGGGCUAAGCCAAACGUCAACCGUUUCAUAGAACGAGCCAUACUCUAAUUUGGGUCGACCUUACUUAAGUUAAGAUCCGGUCUAGAUAUGUUGGGUCAGACGUCGAUCUUUACAUAUAGGAGGCAUCGAGCUAAUCAUCUGAAUCAAAUCAGAAAUAAAACUAUUUUCUCCCGAACGAUUUUAUACACAUUAUGGAACAAUUUUUUUAAUUUAUUAGUUUAGUUUAUGGCAUGUGAAGAUCGACGUUUUUCCCGGAGACGAUCUUCGGACGCUCUGUCCGUCUGAACGUGUUGGACGAUUUAUUCAGACGAACUUAACCGAGCCAGACGUCGCUGAGAACGUUUCAUGAACUUAACUCGCUUAACUCACUUAGUUAGGUUCGUCUCAUGAAAAGUUCGACGUCUGGCCUAUAGGCCUUAUUUUCUCUUCAUUUCGCACUAUUUACUUCACACAAUUUUUCUUGUAUAUUGCAGAUGUAUGCAAACCGGGCUGGUCAUAUUUUAAUGGUAUUUGCUACUUGACAAGCCAUUCAUGCAAAAAUUGGACCGAAGCAGAGAAAAUCUGCCAGGCAUACAGCGCCAACCUCAUCACCGUACGGAAUCAAGAAGAAAACGUUUAUAUUCAGCAUCGGCUGAAUGGUGCUAAGGGCUGGAUUGGUCUAAAUGAUAGGGUCACAGAGGGCAAUUUCACCUGGGCAGAUAAUCAAACCAAUAAUUUCACAUACUGGGCGGAAAACCAACCAAACAACUUCAACAAUGAAGAUUGUGUUCACACAUUAGGAGUCAGACAUAGUUUUAUGUGGAAUGAUGUGAGGUGUGAUACCUGCCAUAACUAUACCUGCUCAGAAGGUUUGUGGGUGACUUACCUCUCUUCUAUAAUAAUAGACGAUGUUCAUCAUUAUCAUCAUCAUCAUCAUCAUCAUCAUCAUCAUCAUCAUCAUCAUCAUCAUUACCAUUAUCAUUAGUUCCUAUUCAAAAGCCAUUUGCGAUUUGCCCCAAGCCGAUUUUUCAAAUCGAGGUCAACUUCAAAGUUUUGUUCACAUGUGGAAAUUGUUCUCUAUUCUCAGUCAAAUAAACCCCUUCCUCUUGCAAUGUUUCGCACUUAAACUCAUUUUCUAUGCAUCAUCUUCAGUAGUAGCAGCAGCAGCAGCAUUAUUGCUAGCUGUUCAAAAAGCCAUUUCCUUGUAGCCCCAAACCUUAAUUUUAAGUGUAUUUAAGUGUUCCAUCGAAACUCCGUCGUCAAGAAAGGUUUAGCAGUUGAAAUCAUUUUGCAAGGGAGCGUUUCUAGGAAAUCAAAAUUGGUCUUUAAGUUAACGCCGCCAGUCGUUUAAGUGUCAUUGAUACAUAAAUGUAACGUUUUUCUUUCUUGUUGCCAAAAAAGACAUACUGGCAUCUUACCAAUUUGCACCUGGACAAGUGUUUUGAGUUUACUGCAAAUCUGGUAGUUAUCAAAAUGUUCCAAAGGAGUGGAUUGAAGGAUUAGCUUACAAAGAAAAUCAGGUAUUAGAAAAUCAGAAAACUAGAAAAUCACUGGAAAAUCAAAGAAAAUCAGUGAUCAGAAAAAUUAGACAUCGCAGAAAGAAUCCAAGAGGCUGACGCUUUUAGCGUUUUUUGAAUAAGUCCUUCAUCGACAAGAGUUUUAACUGACUGAUCCAUGUGCACAUACAUUUAACUAAUAUACAACACAAUUUCUUCAAAAUAAGUAAGAUCAAGCUGACAGGGUUGAUAGGGAAUGCGCAAAUGAGCUAAAUUACACCAAGAUCUGUUCGUGCAAUCUGUUUAUCAGUGACAGUCGCGCAGCGAAACAUUCCAUCUAUUUGUCCAUCUGUUAUUAUUUUUUAGGUUCAUUUCAUUUUUGAUUAAAAAAAAAGUUAAUUGACAAUCGAUUGGCGGGUUGAUUAAUUGAACAAUUGUUAAUUACUUGAUUUUUAAAUUAGAUUUUGAUGAAUGUGGAGGAAAUAAUAACCACUGCCACAAGAAUGCUGUCUGCACAAACACCAUCGACUCCUAUAAGUGCCAUUGCUCCGUAGGAUAUGCUGGUGAUGGCUUGGCAUGUACAGGUAUUAUAUGCUCAGGAGAACCAAAUCUAUUUUUCCUUGAAAAACUACCGGUAGUUUUAUUAACAUUACUUUUGGAAAAGAUAGGCUAAUAUUUAAAGGGUAGAAAGAAAUGCUGUCCAGUAAAUACUUCAAAUUUUAAACAGUUGCUAGUUAAAAUUUCAGGUCACAAAUACAAAACGCUAAAAAACUAGAACAACAGGGUCUCCAACACAAAAAUCGUGUUACAGGACAAGCAUGGCUGACCCAAGGUCGCCAUAGUAGACGUGUGUAAUCACAAACAACAAAAUAAAAUUGUUGAGCAACAGGAACUUUACAAAAAAAAGAACAUCAAGAGCUCGAUAAAAAAGUUUAGUCCAAAAAGGGCUCUGAUGGAAAGUAAAUUAGAAAGGCAGGGGCUCCAAGAACUUGUGUCGCAGACUUAAUCUCCUCUCGGUUAGUAACGUCUGGGAAACAGCAACGAUAUUCUUCAUCUAGACCCCAAACGGACUCAACGAAUUAUCGGCAGUGCGUUUUGAAUUUUCCUUCAACAUGAUUGGCCAAUCGAGCAAUGGCUUAUUAACAAUCUAAUAAUGGCGCCUACUCAAAUCCUGGUACAUGUACACAGCUGGGAGCACAGGAAUCGGCGCUGGCUAGCAGACUGACUUAAUCAGAGGUUUUGGUCUGUGGCGCAGACUAGGGCUGUAAACGAAAUCAAACAAAAAUCAGGCAUUAUUGCUGACCGAGGAAAUUCUUGGCGAGCAGUUGUAAGCCUUUCGUGAUAGUACCUCGAUAGCUGCGAGACAAAGAGUAUUGUCCAGCAGCGUUAACAUGAACACCAUCGGGCCAAUAUGGGUCAUAGUCUGGUUUAAAAAAAACCCGAUAUGUCGCCAACAGACAACUUCCUCAUAUUCACUUAAAACGGAAAAAUUUAUUAUUCGACUGUGGGACCCCUGAUGCCGUGUUAAAGAACAUAAACAUUCCUCAAGAGGUAAAACGUCUCUGAAGCGCGCGGUCAAAAUUGCAACGUACAAAAGAAUGCCUAUAACUAGAACUCAAGGAUUGCAAUGGUGGCAUCGGAAUUGUCAUAGCAACUAAAUGACACCAUACCUAUUCUACUUGCAGCCGUAUUCUCGGCACUAUAACUGUUCUUCAAAAAUCGUUCACGGGAACUUAAUUUUUCCUCCAAUAGCCUUCUCGAUGGUCGGGAAUUUUAAGCGAGCUCUAUGAGAGCGUUAUCGAGAUAUUGUGGAAUGAUGUUUUUAUAGUUAGAACAGGGCCUGCAGAGCAGUUUUCAAAUAAUGGUUUACCUGGUGCCGACUCAUUAUUUUUUAAUACAGUUUCAACUCAUCAAUUAUUUUUUAGAUAGUUUAACAAACGAAAAAGGGGUUAGUAACAAAAAUGGUCUGACCAUGCAGAGCAGCAUCAUAAUUUUCGCGUGUUUCAUUCGCUUUCAAAGUUUGUCCUUUCUCUCCUUGCGGCUGUUUAGGACCUUUUUUUAACCAUUGUUGAAGGGAGCCAUUUUUUUAAGCUUCGAGCUGCCGAAAAGGAUCUUUGUCUCCUGCGAUGGUCGCAGAAUUUACCAGCAGAAGCUUGCAAAUUGGGACAAAUUUAUUCAUCAUGCUCUGCUGAGGUAAUUCCUGAAACUUCUUCAUGUUGACUACCACGUCGUCGAGUUCAAUUUGUUUUUAAGAAAUCUUAGCUCCGUGGAGAUUUAAGAACCUUGAUAAAGAAGACUCCAUUGUUUGUGCGAAUACUACAUCACCUGGCUGGUGAAAACGCAGAAGUCUACGACUAAGUAUAGUUUUGUAAAGAUAGACGUUUUGAAGCUUACCAUAGUGAUAUAGGAUCGAAACGGACCAAUCAUAAAUUUGGAUGCUUCGGGGAGGUCCGCCAGUCUAAUAUUCUUAUUCCAUCAAAGAUUCCUUUUAUUAGAAAAUUUUUAUUUCUUAAUUUUACUUCUUUUUUUUUUUCAAAAAGUUGGGGGCCCUGGCCCCCAGCCACUCCCCCUGCGCGGGGCCCUGAAAAACUGGACAAUCUUGACGUUGUGCCGUUAUCUUAAGAAAACGAAGCGCUUUUGAAUUAAUGCAGUUACAUCUCAUAGCAGUUUGAAUCUCUUUAAAAACGUGUGUGAAAGAUUAUGAGGAUAACUUUAGCCGAUUGGUAUGAAGAAGGAUUUAAAAUGACGGUUAAUCAUGAGAAUCUCAAAUUUUAAGAAUAAUCUAGAAGACCAAAAUGUUCCCAAACCGCUAACAAGGGCGCCCUAAUCAAAUACCUCUUUCUUGCAAUCGGCUAGAGCUAUUCCCAUGAUUAUUCACACACGUUUUUAAAAAGAUUGAAACUGCUAUGAGUUAGAAUUGCAUUUCAAAAACGCUUCGUAACUACAGAUAACGGCGGAACAUCAAGAUUGUCCAGUGCCGUAGCCAGACCAAACGGUCAACCGAGGCAGGCGGGAGUUGCUAGGGGGGUUCGGGGGCAUGCCCCCCCUCCCCCCCCCCGAGAAAUUGUGAACUUUAGUCUCUCGGAAAUGCGAUUUGCAGCGUUUUCUGGGCCUUUCGGUAACUUUUUUUCGAGUUAAUUUAAGUGGAAUUUAAAAAGCAAUAAUCAGAAACAAGCUACAUAAUCUGGGUGACCGUUAACCUCGCCAAUGGUUUUGAUCAGUAUUUGUUCAAAAAAAAUUUGAGUUAACGUACGUAGCCCCUUGAGAUCGAUGAUAUGGUAAUUUUUUCAUAGUAUAUUGACUGAAUUGCUGAAUUCUUUGUAAUAUCAUGAUGCGUUAAAAAUAUCCGAUGAUCGCUUAUGUAAAAUAAAAGUGAUCGGCGAAAUUCGUGAAAAUUUUACGGAGGCGAGUGCCUCGGUUGGUCUCAUACUAGCUACGGCGCUGUUGUCGUCAUGGUGAUAUCGAUUCUACUAAAACUGCAUUAUGACAAACAUUAAUUCAUAGUCAAUCGCUGGUGAAAGUUUUUUAGCGAUCGGACGAGGAUAAAUCACUUUUAAGGCGAUUAAAAAAUAUUGGUAUGGUCUCCUGAAAACUCUAUCCAAACACUUAAAAAUCCGCUGCUGAACGGACAAGAAUAUAAUGACUCAAACAUAAACUUGCUGACGGAUGCAAAAGCAUAGAGGGGUUAAAACCUAAUUUAAUUAUCUGCUCCUCACGCCCAGGCCUACUAGCUACUAGGACCACUUAUUCGCAGGCAAAUAUUUCUUAUAUGCCAGAAGCUUUUGAAAAUUAAUUUACGGUACUUUAAAUUUCUUGAAAUGGUAGUAAAAAGGUUUUUCUUUGCUUUAGAUAUCGAUGAGUGUUCUUCAGGUCACCAGUGUGACAGCAGUGCAACAUGUUACAAUACAGAUGGAUCCUACACGUGCAUCUGUAACAACGGCUACACCGGAGAUGGACGAACCUGUCGAGGUAAAAGCCAGGAGCACAUUGUAAUCGCCUUCUAACAAACGUUGAAAAAGCGUUUACAAUACAACUGAUGUCGUUUACUUAUGAGCAAAAAAAUUGAAAACCGUCUAUUCUCAGUGGUCCAUUUAACUGUUUUUUGCGCCUCAGAAAGUGCACUUCUGUGAUAUUCG